GUUGAUUGGAUGUUUAUGUGAUCAAUUUAACUUACAAUUGAAUAUGAAUUGCAAUAUGAAAAUUUGACUUUUUUGAUGUGAAUGAUCUUUUAUAAUAAUAGUCUAGAUUUUCUUGUUAUUUGCUGAAUUGUUGAAUAAUAGUUAAAAGUGCCUACUUGGAUUGGUGAUAAUGAAGAAGAAGAGUUUGUAGGCGUUGGUGCUCGAUUUGGUCCUACUUUGGAAAAGUGAGAAUAUGGAGAGUUCAAAGAUUGAGCAUGCAAAGAGGGUGGAACAAUUGAGGAAAAUGGAGCUGAAGAGGGCUGAUUAUAUGAAGACUGAGAAAGCAAAAAAAGAGGUUGAGAAGUUGGAGUCUAUAAUGAUGGUUUCUUCGCAGGCGAUCGAGUCAACGUCGGAUGAAAUAGUCAAACUCCGAGAGGAAGAGCCGCAACUUGUUGAGCUUGUUAAAGGACUAAAGAAACGUCGGUCCUACAUGAGCUUGGUCUCUGCUUGGCUCACGGCUUUUCUGAUGGGAAGAUCACAGUUCAUACAAACAAGUCAGAUGGUGGGUGGGACACCACACGGAUCACCCAGGCUCAUCCAAUUUGUGUCACAUUGGUUUCAUGGGCUCCGCCAAUGGCUCCUUGGGCUCUGGUUGGAUCUGGUACUUUUGAACCUGUACAAAAGCAGGCUUCUGGUGGGUGUGAUAACACAGUUAAACUUUGGGUAAUGAAUAUCGAUUUCGUACAUUCAUAGUAAUUUGAUGUGCCCUUUGUUUGACGUUAGCUGCAGUUUGAGCCUCUAAACUGGGUUGUCAACUUUGAAGCUUUCUUAGCCAAGGCUCACAAUUAAUUAGAUUAGAUAGAUGUUGUAGCUUUGUUCAUUGAUUUAAUCUUGGAGAU